AUGCGCCACUUCGACACCUGGGUCCUCCGAGACCCCUACUCAAUAUGGCACUACUACUCCAGCGGCCAACGCUGGCAAGAAACAAUCCAAUCCCUAAUCCAAGAGCGCGCAAUCUGCUCCCCCCAAACAACCAACAAGCCCCUAACCCCCAACAACCCCAUGAACCCCCAAAGCACCAGCACACUCUCACGCCUACCGCCCGAAAUCCGGCGCAUGAUCUGGUCCCACGUCUUCAACUCCUCAACCACGCACCUCGUAACAAUCAAAAACACAAUCCGCCACGUGCGCUGUCCAUCCCCAAACCAAAACGCAAAUGCAACCGCAAACCCAAAUCAAAACCUCACCCACCACCGCCACUGCUGCCCGCUCACGCCAGCCCGCUGGCGCAUCUACGACGGCCGCAUCCCAGGCCACUCAGACAGACUGCUGUACCCGCACACGCACGACCUGCUCCCGGCAAACCUAAGCAACGGACAGGCAGCGCUGCUGCGCACAUGCCAGGCGAUCUACGCCGAGGCCUCGGACCAGCUAUACGUUGACGCGACAUUCGACGUGGACGACCUGUACACGUUCAUUGCGUUCGCGCGCAGCCUUGCGCCGCGGCACCUGUCCUGUAUCCGGCGGGUGACGGUGCAGUGGAUGCCUGUUUGGCAGCCGCUUUCAGGGCAGGAUCAUAAGGGGUCGAUCUAUGGGCAUACGCAUAGCGAUGCGCUGUGGAUUGAGUUUUGGGAUGUUGUUGCGAAGCUGCCGGGGCUGGUGGAGCUGGGGCUUAGUAUUGACUUGGGCCGGUUUGCGGGGAUGACGGUGGGUGAGAAUGGGAAUGGGAAUGGGAAUGGGGGUGAGGUGGUGGUUGUGGCUGGGGGACAGCAGCGGAUUCCGUUGGUUAUUACUGAGCCGUGGCUUUUGCCUUUGUUGAGGGUUAGGGGGUUGAAGGGGUUUGAGUUGGCGGUUACGGCGCGGUGUGAUUCUGCGGCGAGGGGGGCGCUGGAGGGGGAUCUUGUGAGGGAUGCGGGGCUUUUGAGGGAUCAGUUGAGGCUUGUGAUGUGUUCGGAGGUUGGGGUGCCACUGGAGGAGAUUGGGGGGUUGGGAUUGAAGGAUUAUGCGGGGGCUUUGGAGGCGUUGAAGGAGGUGCCGGUUAAGAAGAGGCAGUUGGCUAUUACUGCGUGCUGA